AUGUCGUACACAGGUGUCAGCCUUGGAGUGUUCUUGCCAUUUUUCAUGUUCUUCUGGCUCUACUUGGGGCUCCAGAAGAGGAAGCUUAUCAGAACAAAGCAGAAGUUCUUCGAGCUAAAUGGAGGCCUCUUCCUGCAGCAGCAGAUAAGUAACUACAAUGGCACCAGCAAAGGAAAUGGUGGCUUCAAGAUCUUUUCCAAGGAAGAGCUGGAGAAAGCUACCAAAAACUUUGCAGCCGACCGUGUUCUGGGCCAUGGAGGACACGGCAUUGUCUACAAGGGUGUCCUUGAGGACAAGACAGUGGUGGCGAUCAAAAAGUCAAAGAUGGAAGAGGCCCCGACCAAGGAAUUCGCAAGGGAGAUGUUCAUCCUCUCCCAGAUAAACCACAGAAAUGUCGUCAAGCUUCUUGGAUGCUGCCUUGAAGCCGAAGUGCCCAUGUUGGUCUACGAGUUCGUCUCAAACGGUACACUGUACCACUACAUACAUGGUGACAAGGGCAUCAACUCUGAUAUAGCCUUUGGCACCUGUCUUCGGGUAGCGGUAGAGUCAGCCGAGGCACUGGCAUACAUGCACUCUUCGGCCUCGCCGCCAAUCCUCCAUGGAGACAUCAAGACGGCAAACAUUCUGUUGGAUCACAAGCUCACAGCAAAAGUUUCAGAUUUCGGAGCAUCAAAAUUGGCACCAACUGAUGAGGCCAAAAUGGCAACGUUGGUGCAAGGAACUUGCGGUUACCUUGAUCCAGAAUACCUAAUGACAUGCCUGCUGACUGACAAGAGUGAUGUGUACAGCUUUGGUGUUGUGCUUUUGGAGCUUCUGACAAGGAAGAAGGCAUUGUACUUGGAAGGGCCAGGAGAAGAUAGAAGCCUCGUUUUAUGCUUCAUGACGGCAGUGAAGGUAGGUCAGCACCAAGAGCUUCUGGACAGACAAGUGAAGGAUGAGAUGAGAAUCGAAGUGCUUGAAGAGAUCACGCACCUUGUGAUAAGAUGCUUAAACAUGAGUGGGGAGGAACGGCCGACAAUGAAGGAGGUUGCAGAGAGGCUGGAGAUGCUGAGGAGAUACCAGCACCAUCCGUGGGCUCAAGCGGAUGCAAAUCCGGAGGAGGAGCAGAGCUUGCUUGUUAUGAACCAACAGAAUGUGAAUUACAAGUUCACGCAGGAUUACAUCCUUGAUUUGUGA